AUGACUGUGGAGUUUGGAAUACUUCAGGUUAAACUUGAUGAAUUUGUAAAGCCCAGAAAUGCAAUUGCAGAUUACAGAACUGACAUUACAGGAAUUACUGCAACAGAUUUAGAUGGAGUUACUUGUUCCUUGGCUGAUGUACAGAUAUUGGUUGGCCACAGCUUAUACAAUGACUUUCGAGCUCAUCGUUUGGAUGCAUCUUCAGCAAAAUGUGAUCCUUUGGCAUCUAUGGAGCAGCCAGAUGAACCCUCUAGAAAUAAAUCCAAAGACUCCAAACUUAUUAAAUCUGGGCGCUCAUCUCAUGAAGAGAAAAAGAAUGGAUGA